AUGUUGGCUAUGUUCUACCUUGACAGAGGAAGCAUUGCUUCUGAGUACCAGUUUCUGGAAACCACAGGAAGGGAGAGUACUGUUGCGCUCAGGUUCCGGGGACUAAGCCCCUCCAGCCCGGAGAGCAGCGGGAGCGGAGGCGGCGGAGGCGCCGGCGCACAGAAGACGAAGGAGAAGAAGGCCGGUUCCAGUCAGGGUGCCGCCGCCGCCGCCGCCGCCGCCAUGGCCGCGCGUUCUGCUGCCUUGCUGUGGCUGGUGCUGCUGGCCGGGCCCGCCCCGUCCUCUUCGUCGUGGGGCAGCCCGGCGGCCGGGGGCGGCGGCGCGGGAUCCACCGGCGGCCGCGGGAGGGACGCCGACCCCGGCGGGGCCCAGCCGGGCGAGCAGCGGCAGCGCCACGACUCCUCGUACGGCACCUUCGCCAGCGAGUUCUACGACAUGCGCUUCCUCUCCGACGAGGGUUAUCCUUUUCCUACUGCUCCUCCAGUGGAUCCAUUUGCAAAAAUUAAAGUGGAUGACUGUGGGAAAACAAAAGGAUGCUUUAGGUACGGUAAACCAGGAUGUAAUGCAGAGACUUGUGACUACUUUCUCAGUUAUCGCAGAAUAGGAGCUGACAUAGAGUUUGAACUGAGUGCUGAGACAGAUGGUUGGGUAGCUGUGGGAUUUUCCUCUGAUAAGAAAAUGGGUGGAGAUGAUGUCAUGGCCUGUGUUCACGAUGACAAUGGAAGAGUCAGAAUACAUCACUUCUACAACGUUGGACAGUGGGCAAAAGAGAUCCCAAGAAAUCCUGCUAGAGACGAAGAAGGUCUUUUUGAAAACAACCGUGUAACAUGUCGAUUCAAGCGUCCUGUGAAGGUUCCCAGAGAUGAAACUAUUGUAGAUCUUCAUCUGAGCUGGUAUUAUUUAUUUGCUUGGGGCCCAGCAAUUCAGGGUUCUAUAACUAGGCAUGACAUAGAUUCUCCACCUGUCUCGGAGCGUGUGGUCAGUAUUUACAAGUAUGAAGAUAUUUUUAUGCCGUCAGCUGCCUAUCAGACCUUCUCUUCUCCAUUCUGCUUGUUGCUUAUUGUUGCAUUGACAUUCUAUUUAUUGAUGGGAACCCCAUGACGACUGCAAACAGAGACCAUUUGUUAGUGAGCAUUGCUCAGGACAGGAGCUUUUUCUAUUGGAAAUGGUAUCACUGGACACUUAGUUAUUCAUUGGCAGCUUGAACUCCUCUGUUACCUGAGCCAUAGGUGUGUGCCAAACAAUCAUUGAUAUUUGAGAAUAAUCAAGGAACAAUUGUAAUUGGCUGAACAUUUUUAGU